UAUCCUCUUUCAGCCAACGUAGUCUUGGUCUUUGAAACGUGAUACAGCAUCUCAGAAAUGGAAACUAACUCACUAUUCGUAGAUUUCUGACCGUAUCGUGAAACUGAAGAGAUUUUAGGCACUGGAGAGACACAAAACUCUCGUUACAGAAACCUACGGCCGAGAGUCUUCCUUUAUGUGAAUGAUAGUGACCCUUUAUGGAAUUGGAUUUUAAUGGGUUUGUGUGUGAUUGGAAUUGCAUUAGAUCCUUUGUUCUUCUACGCUCGAUGAUGAUGAUAAAAAGUUCCUUGGAUUGGACAAGAAGUUGGUGAUCGUGGCUAUUGCUCUACGUUCCUUCUUUGAUGUCUUUCAUCUGUUUUAUAUUAUUUUGGAACUGCGUCCUCACUCUUUCGCUCCUUUUUUUAUAUAUCAAAGAGUUAAUUCAAAUGAUUACCCACAGGGAACUGCAAGGAAAUAUUUGAUGCUUCCAAUUGAUCUUCUCUCCAUUCUUCCACUCCCACAGGUGGUGAUUUUAACUGUCAUUAGCGGAUCGAAACGUCCAAAUGUGAUGAAUUUGUUGAAAGUUUUUGUUAUUGUCCAAAAUGUGCCAAGGAUUACUCGAAUGUAUCCUUUCUUUACAAAAGCUAGAUCGAAUUCGGCCAAACUUGCUGAAACUACCUGGGUCAAAGCUCCUUCUAAUCUUCUUCUUUAUAUGCUUGCAAGUCAUUGAUGUUUUACUGAAAACAUGAAGAUAGGUUGCACGUCUGCAGGUUUUUGGAGCCAAAUUUGAAGUGUACUGGGCUGAAUUUGAAUGCUGGAGCUGUUAGACUUUUGAAUUAUAAUGUGAUGUUUUUAGGUGUAUACAGCCAACUGUUAUGGUUUGGUUUAAGUGUAAUGUACUUGUAUUAGGUAAUUGUGUAUGGCUAGGUUUGAAUUUGUGUAAAAAUAUCCUACUAAGAGUGGUUGUAACAGUGGCAUUUUGGCUUUUAAAUUGGCUGUUUGAUGUAAUACAACUAAAGCUUUUUUAA